UGAAAAUUUAUAAAUGAUCGUUUAUCGUUUCAUUCAUAUUUAUUGAAAAUUGUAAUUCAAAGAGAUUAUUCUCAAUUAAAGGUUUCAUUAAAUCUUGAAGUUGUAACUAUCAAUAAUUGGACAAUGAGGAAUCUUACCAACAAAUUAAUUUUAUUUAAUAGAUGUCAAUCACAGCUAAGCCGAUGUGCGUUCAAUAGUACCGUGAAAACAACGCAAAAUAGGUUUUAUUCUCGACCAACAAGUUUCCCAGAUUAUUAUCAAAAUCCAAUAUUUAGAAAGGAAGACCAGGCAAAACUGAUUGAAAACAAUGAACUAUCUAAAUUGGCUACGACUCCGUUUAAGCCUCCGACUUCGUAUGAGACAUCAUCUGUGUAUCAUGACCCAAUUGUAAACAAAGUUAUAAAUCAUGUAAUGGAAGAUGGUAAGAAACAAUUGGCUCGGAGUUUAGUUGAGAAGGCAUUUGAGAACAUAAAGAGAAUACAAAUUGAACGGUAUCACCUAGCAAAAACACCGGAAGGGAAGUCCAAGAUAAUAUUAGGUCCAAAAGAUGUAUUGCAUAAGGCAAUUGAUAACUGUAAGCCCCUAUUACAACUUACACCUAUUAAACGAGGAGGUAUAACUUAUCAGGUACCAGGACCUAUAACAGAGAAAAGAUCAUUAUUUUUAGCUAUAAAAUGGCUAUUGGAAGCAGCGAAUGAUAAAGACAGGACGGUCCACUUCCCAGAACAGUUUGCUUGGGAGCUGUUAGAUGCUGCAAAUAAUACUGGCAAAGUGGUGAAGAAAAAACAAGAUCUUCAUAGACAAUGUGAGGCAAACAGAGCAUAUGCUCAUUAUAGAUGGCAGUAGCUGAUAUAUUACCAGUUAUAAAAAUCAUAAAUUAAGAAAUUGUGAGCAUUUAUUGUAGAAAAUGUACACUUAAUAGUAUAUUUAAGUUUUAAAAUAAAUAAAUUAAAGAAC